GUUAGGUUAUGUUAUGAUAUUGAUAAAUUUCAAAAGUUGUUUACAGUCUUACCACCUAUAAUAAUAAAUUAGCUUUUUAUUUUAUUUCUUUAUGAGGCAACUUCUGUGAUUAUUAAUUAGUUCGCCCUAAAGUUCCAUUAUUCCGUAAACCGUGAAAAAUAAUUCAAAAUGAACUAUAUGACGAAUGUGAAGAACAUUAAAAAGCUAAGCGAACAAGAGCUUGGCAACUUGGGAGGAAGUUCAUGGCAUGACCAGUACAAAGACAGCGCCUGGAUUUACAUUGGAGCCCUGCCAUUUGAUUUGACCGAAGGAGACAUCAUUUGUAUAUUUUCACAGUAUGGUGAGGUAGUCAAUAUUAACCUUAUCCGAGAAAAAGACACUGGGAAAUCAAAAGGGUUCUGCUUUCUAUGCUAUGAGGACCAACGCUCGACCGUUUUAGCAGUAGACAAUUUUAAUGGAAUCAAAGUGUUGAACAGAACAAUUAGGGUUGACCAUGUACAAAAUUAUAAGGUACCGAAAAGUGAUAAAAAAGCCACAGAGGAAACUAAAAAGUUGCAUGCGGAAGGCUGUGCCCCAAAAGCAGAGCCUAUAGUACCAAAAAAAGAAAUAAAACCUGAAUCAAUGGAGAAUAUGUUGGUGAGGGAAACCUUGGCUGAUCAAAUUGAGGGUGAGAUUAAGUUGCCUGCAAGGUUGCCAAUAUAUGCAAAUGUUAAAACUGAGAAAUUGUAUGAUGGUGAAGAAAUUGAAAAAAAAGAAAAGAAGAAAAAAAAGAAAAAGAAGAGCAAGAAGUCUAAGGGUAGUGAUUCAAGUGAUUCUGAACCAGAUACAAAGGAUAAGAAGAAAAAGAAAAAGGAAAAACGAGAGAGAUCAAGAAGUAAAGAGAAAGAAGAAAAGAAACCAUACAAGAGAGAUUUUAGUCCCAGCAUACCUAAAAGGUGGAGGCAAUAAAAUAAAGUACUAUUUUAGACAAAAAAUUGAAGACACAAGUGCAUAAAGGAUUUAUGUAACAAAAACCCACUUUUUGCGCAAACUGAAUUUAAAGUUUUAGACCCUAAGGCUACAAUGUGUACUAGUCUUAACAAAUAAUGCAUAUUACAUUAUCAAAGGAAACUAUAAAGUUCUAAAAGUACGUGAAUCCUUCAUUCCCUAGGUAAGUUAAAAAAAAAUGCAUAAAGCGUACAAGGUAUAACAAAACUUGGACAAAUAAAUUCAAAUCAAAUAUUUUAUUUGUAUUGUUUACAAGAAUAUGCUUAUAUUAAAUCCUAAUUAGUUCUUCUUUUCUUAAUUUUUCUUGUCCGCUCGACUUCUGCGCUUUCAUUAUUGUCGUCAUUAUCUUCAUUUUCUCAUAAACGAGAAUAAAAAUGUUGAUAAGUUUCUUCUAUAAAGCAAAGUUGUUGUUUUAGGUUCUUUAUUUUUUCUUCAGAUAAGGUAGUUUUUUUGUUUGAUAUUAUUUCCAAUUUAUAUUCAUUACUGAAUUCGUCCUGGCAUUUUUAAUUAUAUCGACUUUUAGGAAAGGUGCGUUUGGGUCCAAUGAGGUUUUGUAAUAAUAUUCGCCAUAGCUUUUCACGCGUAUCCAUUUAAUAUCAUCUCUAAAAUUUAUUUUGUCUCCACAACAAUUUUUUUUUCUGUUAAACAAGUUCAAUUUAUUUUCUAUCUCAGGAAUAUUUUUAAAAUGAUCGGUCAUAUUAAUAACAGAGUUUUUCUUACUUGCUUCUUUUAUAACAUCUCUGUAUUGGUCUGCAGAGAGUAUUUUCUCAAUUUUUCGUAAUUUUUUUUCAAUAAUUUCAAGAUCUCUAUCCGAAUCCUGGAAAGAGUGUCCUACCUCUGGAAAUUUAUGGUCUAUAACUUUGACAUAAUAUCGUCUGUGAGCCUGCAAUUUCUUCUUACUAAAUUUUACCCGAUUUUUCACAAGAGCCAAAAAACUGAUAUUGUGUUAGUUUGUUAAAAUUCUCCAAAUUUUUGCUGCUCACAUUGUUUUUAUAAAAGGGUUUUUUGAGUAAUUUAUUUUAACUUUGAUAAAACAUUUUUUGUAAGUUUUUAUUUUAAGAUAGGAUUUAUUGAUAUGAAAAAACAGACAGAUAGGAUAAUUUGAAACAAAAGAAUAAAGGGGAUAAAAUAAAAUUACUCUCUAAAAAAUCAAAAGUUUUAUUUCCAACAUAACUAAGUGAACCAAAAAAUAUUGGAUGGCAUUAUAGACUACUUCUACAUUAAAAAAUAUUGUGCUUUUAAUAACGAAACUCAAAAAACAAACUUAUAAAUAUCAGACCUAUAAGAGAGGGAGACUAUCAUAAAAGUGAUGGACAUCUCGUGGCAAAACACUUUUUAACUCUUGCAAGUGUUUAAAUUUACUUGCAGGAAUUUUACAUUGUUGAGUAUGCAUCUUGGGAUAUUCCAUUAUUACCUCAAGAUUUUCCGGCCUCACCGGCAAAGUUUGCCAUUCACCAUCAAAAUCUGUUUUAAUCUGAAUUAGAUUAUCGUAUUUUAUGCACUUUAUGUCAGUAACUUUAGGAUCAUUUGCAGAUUUUCCUCGGCGUAUGGAAGAAUACCUUAAAUGUUUCUAUUUUGAUACGUACAUCCGUCCGAAUAAAUAAUGAUGGGAACGUUUGUUAAAACACAUUUUUUUCUAAAUAGUCCAACAAGCAUGAAACAAAAGUAGACGCUUUCAACUCGCUGUUUUGGUCUUCAGAAAACCAGUAGCAACACGCAUCAUGCGUUUUCAUGUUAUAAAUAGUAAAAUUAUGGCAACAUAAUUUUGUCUUAUAGUAAAGGGCAUUGGCCUGCAAGUAUGAAGAUAAUUUGACUGCUUGCAGAUCCAUUGAAAUUAAGAUACAAUUAUCUAAAAGUGCCUCGCUUUUAUCUUUCAGUUUUUCUUCCCGUGCACGAUCUUUCCUGCGAAUAUGCUCUUGAUAGUCACCUUCUGCUAGAUUUCCUUUCUCAUAAGAGGUACACACGUUGCAUUUAUCUUUUUUUAAAGUAUAUAUAGAUAAAUUUAAUUCCUUAAAUCUCCUCGUAAAGUAUUUCCUGGUGACUGAUGGUACAUUUUUUUCUGAGCAAAACUCUUGAUAAGCCUUAAAAAGUUCAAGUUUUGUUUUAAAUACUGGCUCCAAAAACAGCUUUUUUGAAUUUUUUCUAUUAUGGUGAGAGGGUAGCUUAGGUAAGGAAUUUAAAAACGUAUCAACGUGCUGUAUACUUGAAGUGCUGCGUAAAGCAAUUUCUCGCUUUUUAGUUAUUUUACGGCCUUCAUCCUGGUGCAUGCCUGAUUCACUACUGUUCACCCAGUCUUGGACUGUUUUGUAUCCAAGAGCAAGGGUGUUUAGAAACAUUGUGCGACAUACCUGGAGCUUUUUAUUGUCAACAUUUAGGUAAUACACAAAAGUCCCCUGUCGUCGUCUUGAGUUUUCUUGCGUUUUACGUUUCACGAAAAUUUUUUCGACAGUUGAAGCAACGUAAACCUUUUUCUGAUCCCACGACAUUUCGCUCCAAAAGUAAUUAAAAAUUACUUCUCUCUGAGCUGCCGUAAUUUGAAAACAUUUUCUUACUUUUGACUUUCUACAGAAAUUUGAAUUACAUCCACCUUUUAGUUUUCUUUCUCCUCUGUAUAUAUUUUGCUGAUAUUUUCCAUUCUCUCUUGAAAAUCCGAAGUAUUUUUUACCUCGCACACGUAAAUUUUUGUUUAUUUCUCUUAUCCAUUGACUUUGAUCAGCUGUUAUUCUUCUUUUCCUUUCUCCUGGUGCAUCGAAGAUUUCUUGACCAUCUGGAUUUUCCAGUGCAUCAGCAUUCUCUAUUUCGAAGUUCUGAUUAUUCUCUACCAUAUCAACGUCCGAGUUAACGUCUGUCUGGACGCCUAAGAGUGAAACGUUCUCAACGUCAACGUAAAGAACCUUAUUUUAUUUUGUCUAACACACCUUCAUUAUGUCUCCCAACAGUCUCAACUUCUUGGCAAAUUUGUAUUUCUGAGACUUCAUGUUUAUCUGAUAGUAAACUAGCAGCAGAAACACUUUCAUCAGAUGUUGAUGAUAUAUCUGAAGGUACGUAAUCGUCACCUGCAUUGUCAGAACUGCAAUUUGUGGCUUUAGAGAAAUCACGACUGUUAUCAGGCGGCAGUGUCUCUGUAACAAAGAUUAAAGAUCAAAGCAAAAGAACAUUUUAACUAUUGCAGAGGUACCUACCUUCCAGAACCGGAUCUGUGAAUAUGUCGGAAUAACUGUUUUGCAGCACAUUAUCAGUUAUUUGUGCGAAAUCUUCAUAAUAAGGCCCGGAACUAUUUAAAAGCAUUUCAUCGGUAUCUAAAAAGUCACGAAAAAUUUAUUUAAGAGUUUAUAGUAAUUUUAAUUAUUUUCAAAUAUUUUUCUUAGAUUGUUCCGAUUUUUUUGCCGACAACUGUACUACUUACCAAGCACAACGACACUACUUUGUGGGUUUUUCCCUAUAUUUAUUCCUUCAACUUCCAUGGGCGCAUUUCUAAUUAAAUUUAUAUUUCUUGCCAAAUCCAGAAUUUUCUUAGAACGUCUAAUUUUUUCCUAAAAAAUAAAAUAUAAAAUUACUGCUAACUACACACGAAGGCUAUGCCCAUCACUAACGCAAAACCUCCUAUCUACAUCAAAAAAUAUUUUAAUUACUUUUGUAUUUAAAUUUUCCUAAUAUUGAAAGGAAAAACUUACCUAUACAACUAAUACUUCCUAUUUUUAUUAAAAAAACACUUUUGCACAAGUAACUAUUAUCACAAACUAGAAAAAUGAAGCUCAAAUCUGCCGACAACAAGUUCUUGCUCGAAAGCGUGGAUAAACACUGCAGUUAGGAGAAAUUACGUCCAAAAAACGUGCCAAUUCAUUAGGAGAUAUUGCCACAAGGCAAUUAUACGCGCGAAAAAAUUUUUAGAGUUCAUGCGCAGUAACAUAAAGACUGUUGUGUUGGGUUGCCUAAAAGUCAUUUUUGCUGAAAAUGCUAGUUAGGAGAUAUAGCAGGCUCACGGACGAUAUCCUUUUAAAAUUAGAUAUUGAUAUAGGCAUAUUAGGUUAAAAUUUUUGUUCUGCCCAGCACAAGAAUCGGACCAGAUGAGAAGAUGUUUUAUGUCCUUGUUUCUAUUUGUUAAAAGUUGAACAAAUGUGUGCAAGCUACUGCCAACUUCAAGGCUGCCCUUUUUUGCUAUAUCUUCGGUCCAAUUAAAAAAAUACGCCUUAUCACCGUCAGAUGUUAUUGUGUGGAUUCCAAAGUUAUAGAACCACAUCUGCCUUAAAUAAAAUGAUUUGGAAGUGGUAAGUCGUGGUAAAGGCAUAGUUUGCUGUAAAUCCAUAGUCAAAUAGCAGAAUUCAUUAUUCUCAAGGGCCCUCUUUCUAUCGAAUCUUUGCUGCUCAAAAGCAAAUUUAAAAUUUUGUGUAUGGAUUUCAUUUCCUAAAUUGGCAUGUAUCACUCCUGGGUUGUCCAAAGGAAAAAUUAAAUUCCGUUGAAAAAACGUGUGUAUAAAAACUUUUUGAAACCAAAAACCGUUUAUGCAUAUUAGUUUCUUGAACAUAUUCUUGAUACAGCGUAUGCAUUUUCGUUAUAUUUAAUACCGGAGACAAAUACAACUUAUUGGCAUUUUUGUUUCGUGAAUAGUGAGAUUGUUCUGCAGGAAAAGAGAGAAUAUGUCUUUUUACAGCAUCAACCACAUCUUCUUCUAUUUUAUUUGGUCUAAAAAGAUGACGACCCCUUUUAUCUGGUGAUGGUGCUGUAGUCCCUGAUUUCAGCUGAUUUUGAAUAAGUUGUACUUUUUUAUAUGAAAUCUGAUAAAGGGAGACAAAGGCAGUUUUACAAACGGUUUUGGUAUGCUUGUUGCAGGUUAUUGUGUACCUAAAGGUAUAUGAUUUUCCUUUUGUAAUGUUUUUGCUAUGCUGAUUAACAGGCGCAAUCGAAACAGAUUUAAAAAGUAGCGAGUUUUUCGCAUUUUCAUCUAAUGAGUAAAAUUUUUUAAAUAUUUUUACCCGAUCAUCCUUGUCAAAUUGAUUUUCACAAUUUUUUUUACAAUUUUGCUUUUUGCAUAAAGAUCCUAAUUCGGGACUUUUGCUUGGCAUUUCUUUUUUACUUUUUAAUAAAAUGUAAGUCUCGCCUCUCUGUCUUGCCGAAGCGGUCCUAUUUUUUUUCCAUGUUUCACAACGACGCUUUCUGGUUCUUGAUUUUUUUUCUGGCAUAUCAAAUACCUUCCUCUUGGCUUUGUUUACCCUAGACUCCAAAAUACUAUCUUGCCUUUCUUGAUAGUUGUCAGAAUCUUCUGCUGUAACAUGUAGUAAGGUUUUAGGGUGACUUUCAUUUUCAUCCUCAUCUUCAAAACUUUCACUUGAUUCGGUACUGUCGGGAUUAAUGUACUGUCGAUAUAAUCUGUGUUUCGUUUCUCAUAUUCGAUGUUCCUGAUACUAGGUGGAGUUUUAUCUUGUGAUGGUAAAACUUCUUCGACCUCCAGAAACAUAAAGCUUUUUAAGUUUAUUAUCACUUCAGAUAUAGGUAUCAGGUAUCAUAUAAAAUAACACUCAUACCUAGGCUCUGAUGUUUUAGUUUUUUUUUUAUUUUAACGUAAUAAAUUAACGUUUUUAUUUUUAAUGAGGUAACUAUUUUUUUUCCUCAUGGACCUACAGUUUUACGUGGGUUCCGAACCACAAUGGACUCGCUUCUAAUAAGCCGACCGCCCAAGUUAGGUAUUUUUGUGUUAAGUAUUUAAAAAAAAACAUAUCAUCUGCAAUAAUCAUCUCAUGUUCUUUAUUUUUUUGUUCUUGCAAAUCAAAAUUUGGAACAUUUUCAGUUUUCCUCCUACUUAAUAAGCCUUGUGUAUUCUUAUCAGAUUGUUCUAAAAUAAUUUAAACAAUAAAUACAUUCCUUUAGGCCACCGGUAAGAUUGUAACCUCAAAUUGUGAAUAAAACACAUAUUUUUCCAACAAAGAUAAAUUAUAUGGAUUUAACAUACCUUCAAACUGUAUUUGACCUAAGUUAACUAGACGUCUACUUCUUGCCGACAUGUUCACAACUUAUUUCACUAUAUUCAGAACAGCAAUACGCAGGAAGAAAAAUAUGUGAAAUGGAAAAGGAUGGGAUAAACAAAAACAUAACCUAACUUCAGGGAUCUAUGUAACAUGUCAACACAAAACAUUUUGCAUCAGGCAUAAAAGAUCUAUGUACCACAUUGAUCCUUUAUGCAUUUUUGUAAUAAUUAUUUGGUACAUAAAUCCUUUAUGCCCUAGUAUAUUUGUUGCUAAAACAUUUUUAGGUCAAAUUAUCCUUUAAUUUAAAUUUUGAGGUUAAAUCAACCCUAUUUAACGUAAAAACUCGAUUUUAAAAAAAUGUUACAUAGAUCCUUUAUGCACUUGUGUCUUCAAUUGUUUAUUGGUAACAGUGUUAUUGACAAAGGCAUUGUUUUUGGCAUAAAUCAGUCUAGAAUAAUUUAGUAUAUUAUUUAUAUUAAUAACACUAAGAUAAAAUAUAUUUUAAUGACCUUUAUAA